UAGGACUUCCUACGACAAUCUCGCGCCACCAGACACUCCUUUACUGCUGUUGAAACUCUCCUCAACUCAUCAACACCACGACCACAACGCAACAUAACGAAAGAGGAGUCCGAUACUCUUAGGAACACAACUCCAAAAUUCACAACUUAAAGUUUUUUACAUUGUGAAAAUAGUUCAAAUGUACAAUUAACCCAUCGUUUUCCUUCUCUUAUUUACUUCGCUUUUAGCAUCUGACCACAUCAACUGGUGACUUGAGCCAAGCGACUACAGCGAUGCAACGGCACUCAAGUAUAACGGGUGCAUCCGUACCGACCUCGUCCGUUUCAACUCCAACUCCCACACCUCCCCCUCCUUUACUCCCAGCUGGAUCCGGAAAAGUCGCCGGAAACGCGUGCAAGGUGGCGGCCAACGUACUUUCAUUUGACUGCCAGCAUGGAUCGUAUCCUCGGGGCGAUAAUUAUGCCGAGGACGAUUCCUACAGUGAAGACAUGAUACCUCCUCCGCCACCUCCACUGAACCGACGUCCAUCCUACGGAUACGGUUGUGUGGUGCAACCUGUUGCAUCCGGACCGGAACCGACACACACAGACCAGCAGUCGAUGUACGAACCAACUGCCCAACCCUCUAACCCAGCCAACAUCAGCUACGGACGUGAAGUCGACGGUCUGGUCGGCAGCAUGAAUCAGCCGGAUCUGUUCAACUUUGCCUCAAACACAAACGGUUCGUUGAGUGGAACACUAAAGUCAACACUGAAAUCCGCCAAAUCGUCGACAAACGGUAAAACAACUUCCGGCUCAUUGGGCAUGCCUGUCGACGGCAAGUCGAAACUGAACGACCCGCUUCCGGUUAUGAUGGUGGACCUGAUGAACGGUAACACGGCCGCAUCGCAUCCAAAUGGAAAUGAUCCGGCCGGCACAAAGCCAUAUCCGCCUUACUACUUCGAUGAUAAUUAUCUACAUCACCACUACUACUACCAGAACGGAGAGGAUCGAUUCGGGGAGACCGGAUCUGACGUGCCGCUGAAGGAAGCGAUGGAUGCCACGGGACAGUUGUAUCUGUACCAUCAGCAUCACCACCAUCCGGACACGGUCACUGCUGGCUACAUUCCCAACUACGACGCACUCAAUCUUCCUGCGAAGUACAAUACGAUCGGGACGAAUGGAGACUUGCCACUCGCGGGCCACUUCUCCGGAUCGGGAGGCAAGUAUCACACGCCUGGCGGUGGAGGAGUGGGUCAUCAUGCGAGCUCGUGCAAUAUCAACCAGUACUCCGGCUCGACAAAAAGCAACCUCAUUGCAUCGCACAACCAUCACUUCUCCAACUCCAUCAGCAACUUCAACUUCAAUCCCUCGCAGUACUUCGGUUCGGGGCUGGAACCGGCCCCCGGUACCACCAUCAUUCCCGGUGGAGUGAUGGGUGGUGUAAUGGGAGGUGGUGAUGGUUUUCCUUCCUCCUGUAGCCUUAACGGAACUCCCAAUAAACAGCAACCGCAUCCUUGGAAACACCGCCAAUGUCCGAGUCGUGGUUCCAGCAGUACCGGAUCCGGAUCAUCGAAAUGGGAUCUUCCUUCCAGACAGUGGCUUGCGGUGACCUCCAUAUUGUUGAUUGCUGGAGCAGCUGGAGUGGCCGUCCCACUCGCCCUGAAGGUGUCCUCCGGCGCACCCCUGGAGGAACGACUGCAGUUAGCUACACAGCUGCUCGACACAGUGCCUUUAAUCGAUGGUCACAACGAUCUGCCGUGGAACAUACGGAAAUUCCUACACAAUCAGCUGAACGAUUUUCGGUUUGAUGAUGAUCUCAAGACGAUACUGCCCUGGUCGAAGAGUGCCUGGAGUCAUACGGAUUUGCAGCGGCUCAAGCGUGGUAGAAUCUCAGCUCAGUUUUGGGCCGCCUACGUGCCCUGCGAGGCACAGCAUAGGGAUGCAGUGCAAAUCACUUUGGAGCAGAUAGAUGUAAUUAAAAGACUGACAGAACGAUACUCUCCCCAUCUGACUUCCUGUGCAUCGGUGUUAGAUAUCGUGCAAGCGCACAAAAACCGUCAAAUGUGUUCAUUAAUCGGUGUCGAGGGUGGCCACUCGCUCGGCGGUUCGCUCGGUAUACUGCGGAUUUACUAUGCGCUCGGAGUCCGGUAUAUGACGCUCACAUCCACCUGCCACACACCGUGGGCCGAUUCGAGCAAUGCGGAUGCACCGAAGUAUGACAUCCGACACGGUGGACUUACGGCUUACGGCAAGACGAUCGUGCGCGAAAUGAACCGCCUCGGCAUGAUAGUGGACCUAUCAAAGUCGUCCGUCGGUACGAUGAAGGAUGUGCUGGCGACCUCACAGGCACCGGUCAUCUUUUCCCAUUCGUCGGCCCACGCGCUCUGCAACUCGAGCCGCAACGUCCAGGAUGAGGUGCUCGAGCUAGUGACGAAAAAUCGCGGCCUCGUGAUGGUAAACUUUUACAACAAGUUCCUGCGGUGCAGCGAUAACGCAUCGGUACAGGACGCUGUGGCACACAUAAAUCACAUCCGAAGAAUUGCCGGCAUAGACCAUGUCGGAUUGGGAGCGGGUUAUGAUGGAAUUAACUUCACGCCCCGUGAUCUGGAGGACGUUUCGAGCUAUCCGCGCCUGUUUGCCGAACUGCUCGGCGAUGGUUGGACGGUGGACGAGUUGGAAAAGUUGGCAGGCCGUAACUUGCUGCGCGUUUUCGAGGAGGUGGAAAAGGUGCGUGAAAAUCAGCGGCUUUCGGGUGUACGGCCGUACGAAGAAAUUCCACCCGUGUUGCGGCCCGAUGAGCACGCGAACUGUUCGACGAAUAGUUAAUGGGUCAACAUCGCAUCAAGUUGAAUCGAAUUUGGGGCCUGAUCCAGCAGAGAAAGGUGAUUGACAUGAAAGUCAGAACGUCGGAAUGGAUACAGUUUCGAUUUCAUCACUUCAGCAACAGCAACAUCUGGCAGUAAGUGUUACAGUGGACGAUACAGAAAGGUAUUUUUAAUAUAUUCAUAUACUUACAAUUGUGUUCUUUAUGAUCGAAAUGUGGAAUUUCUCAGCUAAAAAUCCAUUAAAAUGUAUUUAAAAAUUAAUUUGAUUUUUUAAUUUUUUUUACCACAACAAAAACAUUAAAGAAAACUCAAUAGAGAGUUUCAAGUUCCUUAGUUCCUUGCUCAUAUCCAAGUCUCAGAAGAAAGGAAAUUAAAGAUCGAAGUUUGGAGUUUGAAGUAGAAAAUUUAAAUAAUCCAAUUUAAUUUAAAUCAUUCAAAUUAUUUCUUCAUAACUUAUUACUUUCCAAUCAAAAAUAUUGAUUAUUUUUAUGAGUUUUAGUUUGACUUUGAUUUUCAUGAGUUUUGGUUUAGACCUCCUUACAAAAUGUUUGAUCAAAAAUCACUUAAGGCACUGCCUCGUUUACUGGACACAGUUGUAUCUAACCACAGUACACACUCUCGUCUGAAAAUCUCGUUGAAAUGCCUUUUAACGAAAGUGUAGAUUAAGAAGGAAAAAAAUCCGUAACCGGCUGCCCGUAAUUGUCGUGGUGGGAAGUAAGAAAAAUGUCAACUACUAAUUCAUUCAUGCAGCAGAAAACUCGCAUUUUACAACCAUUCUAACGCGGUUUUUUUUUUGAGAAAAAAAAUCAGAUAGCGUUUGCCUUGCGAUGUGUAAAUCCACAGAGGAGUUAGGAGACAAAAAAAAGAAAACCAUUAAAUUAGCGCCUUCGUUUAAAGAAGACAGCACUACAAGAUCACGAUUCUCCGAUGGGAGAAUAAACAAAGCAAAAAAUGGAGGAAAAAUUAUAUACACAUUAUCAUUCAUCCUGUAAGAUAUCUUGCAGAAAUGAAGAAAACAAAAAAGUAGACCAUUUAUUACAAACACCAUCACCUACACACGUUGUCCCAUUUUUCCCGUCUCCUCCUACAGUGUUAGUGUCGCGUACCGAUUUCCCAUACCCACGCAACGGUAGCGAUUAAUAAGUAGCGGCGUAAAUGAGAAAUGGCUUAAAUUUGUGCAAGCGUGCAGGAAUUAUUAUGCACCCACCCCUCCCCCGGGGAUGACAGGCGAUGCACAUAGAGCGGUAGCAACAUUAAAAUGAGAAGAAGAAAAAAACCCUAUAUCCAGAUCACGUUUUUCCCGUGGAAAAUGCAUUCAUUCACAUCCGGGUUAAAGGGGAUGUGCGAGAAAGAAUGGGAGGAUUCACCCAGGGGAAAACUAAUUAAAACACCAACACCAAGGUGAUUAAGCGAUGGGAUGCGAUCAACAAGCGCGCAACCAGAAUGGUGCUGAAACAGAGGGCACUUUACCCGAUCUCUAUAUGCACAUGGGUUAUGGGUGUGGUUUCAUGUGGUUUCGAGUGUAUGAUUAAAUGAGCUAAAAACAUGCCGAUACAUUUCAAUGAAUCGAUUUCGGGCUUAAAGGAGAUGAAUUCCAGCAACCAUUUUUGGUGUUUGAUUUCAAUUUUACUAAAAUUUGUCCAAUUUAACAAUAGAAGGAAAAUGUUUUAAAUAAAAAGCUUUAAGCUUAAAAGAUAGUUGCUUCAGCUUUAGACAAAAUGAAAAGAGAAAAUAAGUCUUCAGUAAAACAAGAGAAAUAACAAUAAAACUAGUCCAAUGUUUGUGUCUUGCAGUACCAAACAAAAACAAAAAAAGAAGAUAAUAAAACACCAAACAACACGUGUUCAUUCCAUCAACUGCAGCUGCUGCAGUCCGGAAAAUGGCAACAAAACAAAAACAAAAACAAAAAAAACACACCCUUGUGAUGAAGUAUGCAUGGAAAACUCUUGCCUUGUGCCUGUUUUGUGUACAACCACCAAUAAAAGUCCAACGUGUACAACAGGAAAAAACGCAGAAAAGGUAAAACUUUCCUACGAACAAGCUCGCUUCCCCCGUUCCGGGUGUGUUUGUUGCUUACUGAAAUCUAAAAUGUAAAAACACACCAGCAACGGAAAGAUGGAAAAUGGGUUUAAUUAAAAUACAAACGACUUUCAAUGGUGGCCGGGAGUCGCUCCGGUCCGGGUGUUGCGUUUACGCCUGACCGUUGGUCAUGUCGUCUUUCGCUGCCUGAUACUAAAGCUGCUACAAUGUAACAAUCUUGCGCUUCUGUCGCUUUGAAUUUGACCCAACCAGACAAACGAUGAUUUCCCAAGGUACCGAACAGCUUAAGCCCCGUAUCAUACGUGUCGGGAUGGUCGAUUCCUUUGGGCUAAAUAAAGCGCACACUUACACAGAAGUGUAGUGAUAAAAAUAGCGCCUAGAAGACACUGGACUGUGGCUGCAUUUUGCUGAGAGUGUUGCAAGGCAAAGACCUGGCAAGUUUGCCCUACAGAACAAACGAUCAUUGUGUUAUGUUAUGGGAAGGAGGAGAAUUAAAUUAAGCUUCAUUUUACACAUAUAUACAACAAGCUAGAAAAAAAAAGAAGUUGGUUUAUCACAUCCUACCGUCCGUCAACUAUAAGGGACUGGACCUGGACCUUCAUAACCACUCAAAAAUGGUUUUCUGCUUGAUCUUUUACCAGCUAGCAUACCCGGAUGAAACGCCAAAGCUACAUUGUAUUAAGUUAUGAUUAGUAAUUGCAUAAUUAAUGAGAUUAAUUAGAAUUAAAAGUGUUCUCGGUUGAAGGUUCGUCGCUUGUAGCAGGAUAGACAGGAAGGGAGGAAAAAAAAUGAGAUGAGAACACAGAUGAAUCUUCGUUUGACAUUUUUUUUGUCUUUCUUUUUGCAACUGCCAUCAAAAGUUUCAUCUAAAAGUUUGUUACAUUUUGUUGGCAUUUUACUCAUCCCCAUACCGAAGUGGUGACUUUUAAAGGGAACAAGGAAAAAAAAGGGUCAAAUUAGCAUGUUCCACGUUCUUUAUUAUUAGCGCUGCGCUAACAUAAUCACAGAGCGUUUGAUUGGUUUUUGUAGUCGUUCUUUUUCCCUUUUUUGUGUCAAAAUUACAACAAAUGUUUAGUUUUCACCUAACACUUCACAAAAAGGGCAACCGGCCCCAAAAGUCAUCGCACAGACUGAACGGAACUCAAUUUUUCAUCAUUACCAGUUUAAUUAUCGGUUAAAGCUUUGGCCAGAAAACCUAAGAAAACCAAUCAACCAAUCGUAUUUGUUUCAGCUCGCAAUUACUUACGAAAAUUUCAUUACCGUCCAAUUUAAUUGACCUCACGUUUGUCUUUCGAUUGACUUCAACAAAUUUUUGCUACCGUAUAAAGUGGUUUUUUUCUUCUCCCUUUCUCACACAAGCUUCUUCAGGGGAUUAAUCUACAAAACGUGCCCCUCGGGGGGGCAGUAUGGUUCGAACAGCAUUUCCGUGUGUUUGUGUGUGUCCUUUGUCCUAUUCGAUCGAGUGACACAAAAACAUGGGACAAUAAAUUAACUUAAUUGAAAGUAAUCGCUAAAGCUUUGUUCGGUGUAAAAUGGAAACUUGUCACACCCCGGGAAAAAGGGGAGGACUUGUGGGGGGAGGUUAGCAAUUGUUUUCCACUUCAAUAAAUAUUACACAAAAGACACAAACACACACACACACAGGACCAAAGAUUGGGAUUGUGUUCGGUGUAGAUUGCUCAAAACCGUUACGCUUUAAUGAUUAUCAAGCUUCUGCUCGUGAUCAAACACAAAACCAAACCGACAACUCGGUGUCGGUUGCUUAUGUUACGUUGUUUGAUAUGUAAAAGUGGGUUUGCACUAUGCAACACCCAACACUGAUGCCUUUUCGGUAACGGUUCCGGGUUAUACGAGUUUUCGCAUGUGCCACAACAUAAACUCAAAACCAUGCGCUUCCCGUUGCCAUUUACCUCGAGUGCAUCAUCUUCCUUGGCCUUUCGAAAACCAAAGGUGACCGGAACUGUCUCUCAUACGAGCAUACGAACAAGUUUUCAAGCUUUUUUUUAACGCAUGGCAUGGCUUUCUCGGUGAUCAAAUGAAUUAAAUUCCUUCACUAAGUUAAAAAACGGAAAUUCUCACCAGUCUUGCAUGUGAACUUGUAUGUGAACGAGCGAAUAAUUAAAAAACUUUUGUCACAUUGCUACAUACCACAGUUUAUAGCAGCUUUCAGGCAUUCACUAAAUCCCCCGGAAGGGAGAUAGUUAUUUCAGUAUGGAAAGAGUCACAUACACACUAGGAGUGUCAAUUUUCCCAAUGGAGCAUACACUUGAGCAUAAAUCAAGCACAUUGUUUUGCAGCUUGUUGAGGUUUUUUUCCCCCCGAACAGUGUGGCUUAAAACUGACAAAUAGAAUUUUUAUUUCAUCGAAAAAAAAACACAUUUCACCAUAAAACCCCUACCAUUCAUUGCAAUUUAUUUUGCUCUUGAACAAAUCAAAAUCCCAUUUGCACAAAACUAAGUGCACUCGAUGGAGGAUGCGCUUACCUUUUUUGGUUGGAAUUUUCAAGUAUUACUUUACAGCUGAAUGGAGCCGGGCUUUAUAAAAAUAAAAUUAGCAACAAAAAACCCACCACGAAAAUAUGUUGUUCCCUUCAAUGUAUUCAAAUCAUUGCAUGUUUGCUUAUGUUCAUUUUUUUUCUGCAAAAAUAUUAUUCGACUGCAGAAUAUCACAUUUAUUCAAUCGUGUUUCUACUUAAACAAACGAAGCUCGACUCAUGAACAGAAAAAAAAUCGCACCGAAUCGCAAGCCACACUUGGUUUUUACCCGGCCACGUGGAUAAAUAAGCAAACGAUCUCGCCCGUCUCCGGAUUGUUUGGUUUGCUGCAAAAGCAUAGCAUGAAAUGUUAACACACACUCUGUCCUUCAUAUGGACGAGGCUGAUCAACAACCGCAGGCUAGCAAUGAAGAGUUUUUUUUGGGUGCUUUCGUCUUCUAGCGAAACCGAGCGACCAACCAAAUCAAGCGUAUCCAACAAAAUGCACGAAAUCGAGAUCAGGAUCGUGCAAAAACAACAGCAAAAAAAAAUUCUACCCGCCCAAAAAAAAACAAAACAAAAUGAUGAGAUCACCCACGGGGGUGAGUUAAUGUAGGGGGGGUGGGUUCGAAAAUAAACUUCGCUCGUGAGCAUUCGGAAGGAAAAUGUCACAACAUAAUCGUAACAAUUGAGUUCAUAUUUAUGAUUUUUACGGUUAGUUUAACCGGCCAUGGCUGAAAGCAGAUACCUUGGUGGUUCACAAAAUCGCUCAUGAAUCGUUCGGACGAUUUUCCCCAUUUUCGGAAAAGCAUCUCCGUGAAAAGACACCUGAAGCACGUGCCCUAUGUGCUUUACCCGCGCUCUCACGCUGCAUGAAUGGAUGGGCUGGAAAUGGAUUCCCACUGGUCAACCAUUUUGCUUUCCAAGAGCAGAAAAACCGCCCCCCUUCAGUUUCGACAUUCAUUCAAGCGCACUGAAAUAAAAAUGAAAGCAAGCUUAAAACACAUUCCCAUGUGACGUUCUGGCUGGUAUUUCCAGCCCAAAAACCCAAAGGGAGCGUAUUUUGUUGUUGCUUUUGUUAUUUGUUCUGUGAAGCAACAGGUGUUUGCCGCAAGGAACAGGUUCCAAAAUCUGUGCCAAUGUAUUCUACAGGGGUUGGAGUGUUUGGAAAAAAAUAAAUCCUUAUCGUUGGUUGCCAGACAGACAAAAAAAAUCCUUGGUUUUCCACUCUCAGACGGCCAACCAUUCUUGACCGGUAUUUGCUAUUCUGCAGCAGGUGAGUUAGUUUUUAUUGCCAAGGUUUUUUUUUUUGUUGCUUUGGGAAAGGAGUGUCCUAUCGAGUGGUGCCCUCGAGUGAGAAAGCUAUCCGAUUACGAACCUUUGAUAAGAAAAAAGAAAACUCGUGGAAAAUGAACAUCAUAAACGGAUUGUGCGAUGGCAUCAUUAGAGCAAAUGAAAAACGCCACACAAACCCCAGCCGAACGAGCCGAACACAGGCGAAGUUCAUUCUUAUCGACGUUAAACACAAACGUUCUAUUGAUCGAUCGUACGAUCUAAAGUCCUUUUUUUGCCAUGGCUUAUGCUAUAAAAAUUUCACUUUUACUGACAUAUUUGAUAGGGGUGAAUGAGUUUUUAAAGAGGUUGUUCUUUGCAGACGGUCGUUCUAGGAGAUGCUUCAAUUUUCUUCGUAUGGAAAACAGCAACUCUGGAUUAUGUUUUCUUUUCCAGAAAAGUUCCCCGAAGGGAAAAUAACCAAUUUUCCACGCUAUCGUAAAGAAUAACCUUCAUUGGAGCGUUUAGUGCGAGAAGAUGGUACGCCACAUUGGACGCCACUCACGCAGAGGAUGUGCUGAGAGAGGGAAGGAGGGAGAGAGGUUAUAAUUCAAUCAAAUAGGGACACAUUCUAAAGGAGCUAGCUGUCUGGGUGUUACCAUUGGUAGUAAGGUGCACGCUCGUGUAAUGGGUGUAAUUGAUCGGAAACUGUCUAGGCAUCAGGUGGAUCCCGAACAAGUCUUCCAUUAUAGGCACGUAAUAUCUUCAUUUGUUGUUCGUAUGAAACGUAUGAAAGAGAAUAUUAAACCUAUCGCAUUAAAGUAUAAAUUAUUUUUUAUAUUAACAAAUUUCGUAAAAUAACGUAAAAAAUCAUUUCCAUCUUGGUGUUAUUCAUAUUCAGGAAGGAAAGAAAUAAAUUCAAAAGAUGGCGGACAAGCACUGAGCUUUAAUGGUACAAAAUAAUUUCUAAAUUUUUUUCAAAAGAAAAAAAAAUAAUAACACAAUUGAGCAUUAUAUUUGGACAUGUUAACGUAGAACGUGUGAAGACUCAUUUCAUGGGAAAUUGACCCAAAACAUAUUGGGUGUAAUUUAAAUUGACAUUAUGGAGGCGCCCAGUAGUUGACUCCAUGGUGACCAAAAACAAGUGUGCUGGAGCGGGACAUAAAAAAGGAAACAUUCACGUGCCGAUGUACUCGGACCCCCGAAAAAUAAAACUCCAAACCAAUCACAGCACGAACACAAAAAAAAACAUACAUACACUCCGAUAUGAUGUGGGUUGCAAAGUCGAUAGUAAAUACUCAUUGCCUUUCGGAUGUCGAAUAAAAAGCAAUCGUUAUGUUGCACCUUCUCGGUUGUUGUGGGUGGCAAAUGUGAAGAAAAUUUGCGACUGCAAACAUGCAAAUAUUCACACAAUAUGGUUUUUUUUUUCGCUGCGAUGGUUGAGCUUUCUGCCCAAAAGGCAAACCCCCUGACGGGAUGCAACAAUAAUGAAAUCAUACAUUCAAUUAUAACCUCACGAUAUUGGAGCCCGUUAAUUCUCCAUCCGGGCAACCCAUUUCCCAGGGCUCUCGAGAAUGUUUGCAGGAAAGCUUAUACGACACACACACACGUAUAAAACAUUGAAACCUUGGAGCUUAAUUUCAUUGUUGCACAUUGGCGUGCGUGAUGGUGGAAAUAAAAAUGCAACCCAACUUUUGCUGCAGCUGUUGGUCGAUCACACGCUACCCUUUUUGGUGGGGGAGGGGAUGGUCGAAGCCCUAUUUGCAGGGAGGCGUGUGGUGUGGCAAGCAAUAUGCAAACAGUGGAUUCGUAACACCAACUACUCGCACUUGUGGUGUACGUUUCGUUCGGGAAAAUUUAUUAUCAAUUUGUUUGCAAUGUUCUCCACCGGCAGCAGCCGAACAAUGUUGUGCCCGGUGCACGGCGGAAAAUGUUUUCACCCUUGCGCGCAAAAAAGGGCCACCACGAGAUGCAUGGUGUUGAUGAAAAACUCGCUACCGAAUGCUCAUUACCAUCCACAACGCGUCCAUUCUGCUCGGUUCCCGGAAAUGGUGGGUUUCUGUUGGGCUAAAAGAAGCAGAAAAACAUGCUCCAAUCAUCAGCAUCAGCUCUUUCGAUGAAAACAAUAUGGAAAAUGUUGGUGAAUGUGAAAAAAGUUUAAAUUUUCCCCGAAGUUUUGCUCGAAAUUUCUAUUGCAACUAUUGCAAUUGGAAAAUUCAUUUGUUAAAGGGACGGUAGCUUGAAAUCAAUUCAUUCAAGUUUAGAAAAUCAAUUCUGUGAUUUCUCUUUCAUUAAAUUUAAGGAAAAUUUAUUGGAAGUUUUCCAGCAAUUAUUUUUUUACUGUUGUAUAUUGUGUUUGUUGUGCAAUAAAGUUCUCUAAACUAUUUUUAAAGCGAUUCAUAGCUUUCUGGGAAUUUUCUUCCUGUGUCGAAACUGUUCUUUUACUUGAUCGAAUGUUGCAGGACGUGUAAUCAUCACAAUAAACAAAAUUUAUUUGAAAAAUUUCACUAUAGUUUCACAAAUUUGUAUUAUACUCCCGAAGCUCAUUAUCGGUAUCUAACUCAUCAAAAUCAACCCUUAACCAAUGAAACAUUUAAAAAAAAAUACCUCCCUAAUUUCCACCCAAGGUUUGCAUUGCAUACAGCAUUCCAAAUUACUAACCUUAAUUAGCCAUUUUCAACACCAAACAAAUACUGAUUGCGCUAAUGCUGAUCCAAACCACCAAUCGGAACAGAUUGAAACGCAAUCAUGCGUCAGUGGACAGUAAAUAAUGCAUCAAAAUUAGCUCGUUUGAUACAUUUCCCUGUUUGUAAUUUCAUGAAUGCUCACUUUUGAAAUUCAAAUUCGGGACGGGGCUUUUCCUGGGUUGAAAAAAAAACUCCAAAACUUCAAAGCCCAAUCGAAAGCCAAAGUGAAUGGAAUGUGCAUUUUGCCACGGGAGAAUGCAACAAAAUAAAAAAAAAAACUGGACGUUUCAAAAUGCUCUCGUAACCAUAGGACCAAUUAAACGUUAUUUACGAAAAACAAACGAGUGAACAAACAAGCGAAGAAAUUGCCAAUAAUUUAAAUAUACACAAAUGAACAAAAUAACUGUGCGACGAAGUAGAAGAAAGAAAGAAAAAAACACAAAGAGGCGUACGUGAAAAUCAAGCCGCUAAUAGUGUGAAAUGUCCCGGCUGAUGGGGCGCGUACACGUACGUUGGUUAAUUAGAGCCGGAAAGGCUAUACAGAAGAGAAAAAAAAAACACAAGCAUGACCAGAUCGGUCGCGUUUACCGUUUCACUUGUUCAAUUUUACGGACGCAGGUAUGCAUCUGGUUGGAUGUUUGCAACAAUACAGCAAAAAAAGAAAACGACGCACAAAAUGCGUAACAACAUAAAUGUAUCACAAGAGGUGAGAAAAACUAUGAAAAUGAGAGAAAAAGUAAAAACAAAAAAGCAUUCAGCGAAAAAUGUGAAAGGAAAAAUAAAAACGCACCCGUACGGAACAAACAAAACAGUUCGAAAAGCAUUGAAAAAGAGAGAAAAAAGGAAAAGAAAGCCUCAAACACGUGUACAUUAUAAACAUAUCAGCAACACCCGUACAAGGUAUGGGUUGAAAUAAAAAACCGGAAAAAGAAACAAAUACAAAAUGAGGGAAAAAAAUCCACCUACAUGCAUGCAGUGGAACCGAAGUGGGAAAUAAACAGCAUAUAACGAGAGCAAACAAUUCAAUUCGAUAUUGAGUUGCGAGAAGAAGGUAUGUGUAUGUUUGUACGUGUUUGUUAAUAUGUUUGAAAUGCAAAAAAAAGGAAGGACGAACGACACAAAACUAGCAAAUCAAAGUAUGACAGUGGACAUAUUUUCCACUUUAAAAACAAAUAUAAAAUGUGCACCGAUGGCUAAAAUGUGUAGGGCCACUCUGCCAUACCAGCAGUAAAGGAAAAUAGCGAAACAAAAAUAUGAUAAAAACCAAAUAGCGAAACGAUAGAGGAAAAUGGCAAACGAAUAUUGCCACAACUGGUACGCGUGUAAUUUAAUAAACUAUUUCCUUUUUUUUCGCUUUUGUUUUUUACUUGUUUCGUAUGUUCUACAAACCAAUUGAAUAAGGUGGAUUGUUUGUUUUAUAUAUUUUUCUCUUUUUAUUUUGCUAAAGUUUACUUUCUAUAAACUCAUUUAACUACAUAUUUGCCAUACCUAAAUGGGACGUGCUUUAAAGUUAUCUGUUGUAUUGGUUUUAUGUAUGAUUUUUGCUUUUAAAUGUAAACUUUAAAUUUUGCAUUCCAAAGCGCUCAUUGUAAUCAAGCUCAUAUGCGAGGUAUUCGUGCGUGUGGUUUCUCUUUUAAACCCCAUCUGCAUUCAUUUGUAACGAGAAAAAAAACGGUUCAAUAGUAAUCGAAUCGGUGGAAUACUAUAUUCAUCCUGUAAAUGUCAAGCGGUUGGUACUGUCCGGUGGCCAUCCGCAUGGAUGGUGUUUGGUGUUCUGUGGUUCAUUCUUUAACGUUUUUAUUAAACUCAUUUAUCUGCUUCCUGGCCGUGUAUGAAGAAAGGGGAAGCGCAGGAAGCAGAAGAUACGGAAGCUCAUCCCGGCAUAACCGGAUUGUUCGUGGGUGCUUAUCCAUCCGGAUUAUUUCGCUCCGAUAGCAGGUGCCGGGUGAUAAAUUAUACACCCGCGUGUCUAUUUUCCGUUGAGCGCCAUGUUCUUUGUUCCCAUUUUUUUAUUGUACUUUGUGCUCCAAACACAAUAAAAUUAUUUUGCUUUACUUUUUUCCCCCCAUUGCUUACUGUAGUGAGCAGUUUCCGGCGAUGUGUGUUCAAUAGUGCGACAGCAAUUUUGCAACCGUUUUUUCUUCUUUUCCACGAAUUUUAUGCCCCUUUUUGUAGAACAACGCAAAUUUAGUAGCUUAAUCGACCGCAACAAUGAUGAUAUGCGUACGUUCUUAUUGUUGUUGUCGCGGGUUAUUGUGACUGACCACAGCCACUUUUCGUUGCAAUGCAUUGUGCGAACGGGAUUCGCUGUGUGGAAAAGUGGAUCUACAAAAAAAAAGCGAAAACGAUUAAACAUUAUAUAGGAAAUUUGAAAAAAAGAAUGUAGCCAUAAUGUAGCUAAAUCGAUAGUGAAUACUUACCAGAAAUAGUAGAUUAAACAUUCGCUUAAAACCGUGCAGAACGACUGUGCCGGUAAAAAAAUGACCACAUGAAAGCAGUGUGCAAACCGUAUUUGUAUUUUAUUACACGAUCCGGGCACCGAUACUGGAUUGAAGACCACUUUUUGUACCACUCACUGGAAAGAUGUGACCACGUAUGAAACGAUAGUUGAGUGCAAUAGUUUCGAAAAAGGUUCCAAGAGCGACAACAGCAAACGGCCCAACAACGGCUUAAUCAAUUGAUGGGCGUUUCAAUAGGACAAAACAAAAAACCCCCUACUAUUACUAAACUACUAGAAAAUAGAGGACAUACACACACAAAAAAGCUGUGUAAAUGUUGGACUGAUUUGAGAGCAAACAGUCACUGCAUGUUGUACGACAUAAAAAAAGGAACAACAGCAGAAUCGUAUAUCGGAAAACUAAAACCAAUGUUUGAUGUCGCGCUUAGUUAGGAAAUGUAAAGAAAGAGUAUAAAAGCGGAAAAGGGAACGAUUUAAGGAUUUAAUCGCAAAUGUUAAACUGUUCGUUUCGGAAACGGAAUCGGAUGAAGCGUGUUUAGUUGGGGUUGGUUUUUAUGUUUUGUUUUAAAUAUAUCGACAAUUAUAUAUGAUAUAUAAACUCGUGUAUAAGUCUUCAAAGUACGUGUCGUACACACACUGCACUAUUGAGAGCGCGUUAAGGCAGAAAAGCGAUUGAGCUGAAACAGCUAAAAAGUGUAACGUUUAGACAAUUCAAUAAUUUUUAUGUCAUAUUUAGGAUGCUCUAAAUAAACAUCAUCAAAUGGAACAA